AUGGGCUGCGACGCGACCGCCCGACUCAUUCGCACAGCUAUCGUUGUGCUAUCGACCGCCGCCGUCACCAAAGCAGACCUUUGGAGCAUAGACAUUGAUCUGGAUCCGGCGCCAUCACCUCAAGAUGGCCCGCCUUUCUCUGCCUUUGCAUCGCGAAAUCGCGAUUUUCUCCCUUACCAGAUUAUCGGAGUGGUAGGAGCCUACCUGGGGGUUGUGCUCAUCCUUGGAUCACUGCUUCUUACGGUGGGAAGAAGACUUCGAAAACGGGCGCAACAGAUUGCCGCAAGGCCCAUCGAAAUGGUCAAACCGACACUGAGGACUUUCGAUAUGUCCCCGAAUCCUCGGAGUGGCACCAGUACGCGGACAUUUCCAUUCCUUAGGAGACAGAGGAGCGGUACUAGUCUGAAUGGCACUAAAGCCAUGUCUCCAGGUGCGCUAAGCAUUAACAGCUUCGAUAACGGGGUCGUGGAGCGGGAUAAACGAAAUCAAGAAGAACAGAUGGCCCAGAUUUAUGGAAAAUUCUAUGAGUUCGAAGAGCAGCGAAUUCAGUCGGCAGGAUCAAGACCUUUUGGUGCCACGCAGGAUGAUCGACCACACAUUCGACCUGAUCUACGUCCUCUGGACCUGCGGCGAGUGCAGUCUCCGGGAUCUACACAUCCUGCGAGUCCCAUCUCGCCCCGAUCUCCUGUGCGUGCCAUAUAUCCGCCGCAGAGCAUGGGGUCUCGCAGCCCAGUGAGCACACGAUACCAACCACAUCCGCUAAGCGAGCGAGAGGAGAGAGCAUUCAAUCCCAGCGACGAUACUACGGAUCUACGUGCAGCGCCUCUAUCUAAGAAGUACCGAAGACCUAUGGGUAAGCUCACAAUCAGCUCGCCUAUGGCUUCUCGUCUUGGAGACGAUAACAGCGAUGGUGCGAGGACGCCGCUCUCGCCAAGGUUUUACACGGAUCCUGGCACUCCACCAGAACCACCCUCCGCCUUGACAAUCGAUGGUCACCGUCGAACAACAUCAGCGGGGACGACGACAAGCCGGCGAGAUGGACGUGCCUUCGACGAUCGUGACCAUGCGUACGAUGCGAGACCAGUUCCCGCUGCAAGUCCUCAAAGACUCAAGCCUGCGCUCAAGGUCCCACCUACAAAGCGCGGAAACAUGGCUCAGAUCAGUACGAAUAAUGUGUUGCCAUUCCGGGAGUAUCAGAACCAAUACCCAACGUCUCCAACGGCAUUGAACACGAAAACAACAGUGCUCGAGUCGAAGGGUAGAAGCUUCCCACUCACCGCGGGCGCCACGCCAUACAGCGCAUAUUUCCCAGGACAGAUGAUUGAGCCUGCCACACCGCACCUCACCACCAGAGCAGAGCGGUUGCAGAAGCAGAAGGAAGAGAAGGCGGUGCGGGGAGCAAUCACUGAGGAGGAUCAGGUGCAGGACGAGAGUGAGAUGUGGAGGGAUGCGUAUUGA